AUGUGCGACAGAGGCUAUAGCUUUGGUAGUUUAACGGACGACUUGUCUUGUAUCCCUAACUCUGGGAGAGCUGCCCGAAGGAAGAGGAUAGCCAUUCAGAUGCAUAUGCACAUGAUCCCGCACUCCGAGGCUCGGCUGGAGGGGGAAGGCUAUGAGCGAGGUCUUUCCGGACAGGGGGACGAGAAUGCCCGCCUGAAGAAUGACGAGUCUCCGGACAUUCAAGAGCAUCGAGCAACUGUGGAACGGUUCUCGUCGCAGGAACAGAAGAGCAUCAUCUGGAGGAUCGACUGGCGGGUCAUGCCUAUCAUCGGCGCCAUAUUCUGCAUUUGUCUCCUUGACCGGGCAAAGCUCGGGGCCGCAAACAUCGCCGGCAUGCGCUAUUCCAUCAUCACACUGGUCUUCUUCCCGACCUACAUCGUCUUCGAGAUCCCAGCGACGCUGCUCACCCGCUGGAUCAGCCCGCGCCUUUUCCUCUCCAGCGUGGUCAUGACCUGGGCUGUGAUCCUCAUCGGCGCUGGUACUUGGUACACUCGCUACGAGAUGCACAAGAGGUGUUCCAUGUGGUAUUUCAUUGCCUCAACACUCACCUCAUGUGGAGGCAUUUUGACCUAUGGCCUGAUGCAAAUGCACGGGACUGCAGGCCGCGCCGGUUGGCGUUGGGUGUCAACUGCCGGCAUCGGCCUUGCCGGAUCUGUGCUCCUGGUCGGGUUUCCCGAAUCCAAGAAGAGAUACCGCCGUUUCCUCUCCGAUGCUGAAAUGUCCUUCGUGCUCGCACGCAUUAACCUGGACCGGAACGAUGCCGACAUCACGCCAUUCAACCUCUGGGAGUUUCUGUCGCACACGUUUGACCUCAAGCUCUGGUUGUUUGGCUUGAUUUACUGCUUUACCUUGAUUGUCGGGUAUAGCUUUGCGUAUUUCCUGCUCAUCAUUCUGUUCUACAAGCUGGAAUUCAGCCUGGCGGCCGCCCAGUGUCUUGUGACACCGCCCUAUUUCCUAGGCGGCUGA